UUGAGGGCGGCAAAUAGGUUGGUCGAUGGUGUGUAUGGUCGAAACGUCGCAAGCUGAGUACGAGAGUACAGACCUCUGCUCCCCGCUCCACUCACAAAAAUAUCGCUCUCCGGAACGGUGGAUUUGUGCUCCUCUUGUAAUGUACUAAUUAGAAGUAAUUUGGAGCUCCUGAUCAUGAGUAAUGUGAGAUCAUCAUUCAGUUGAAAGCUGUGGAGGGAUCCUGAUUGUACGGUAAUGAAUGAAGACGACAGUUGACCAUGUACAUGUCCAAUACAAGCGUGUUACAGACUUGUGAUAGUGUGUUCCGAUGAGAAACGACAACAUGCCCGUUCCAACGGACAACAUGAACUCCAAUGAUCCUGCGUUACUGAGGUUGCUUGGCUCCUUAACAGAACUGGGAGGCGGGUUUUGUGGACGGCAAGAUGACUUCAUGUUCCUUCAGAAUGUGCUGGCCAGUCCAGAAUUCCAUGCACUAUUCAAUGCACACAAUGCAGUGAAAGAGUAUGGAGAGAACCAGUGCAAUCCGGUUUCAUUAGACUCAACAGGCGUCAUGACGGAUCUUUGCAAUGACAUGCUGAACUUUGCCAUGAUCCCCGAGGUGAGGGAGCUGUGUUUCCUGCUGACGCGUCCCCACAUGAGGGCGCUCUUUGACUCCCACGACCAGCUGGCUAACGGGGAAUAUAUCCCCCAGCUGCCGGACCUGCCGCUGGGAGCAGAGGAACAAGAAGACAGCUCAGUCAAGAUUGUACGAUUGGUCAAGGGAAACGAACCACUGGGAGCUACAAUCAAGUGGGAUGAUGUACUAAACUCUGUAGUCAUAGCAAGGGUGAUGCACGGUGGUGCUGCAGACAGAAGUGGCUUGAUUCACGUUGGUGAUGUCGUCCAUGAGGUGAAUGGAGUAGACGUGAGGGGUAGAGACCCCGAUGAAGUCGUGAGUCUCCUGACCUCGUCCGAUGGAACGAUUACCUUCAAGCUUGUGCCGGCCGACGUUGAGACGAGAAACGCCAUGGAGAGCCAGAAAUCAUGUGAAAUAAUACCAACACAGGUGCGUGUAAAGACAUAUUUUGAAUACAACCCUUACAAUGACAACGCCAUCCCUUGCCCCGAAGCCGGGCUGUCCUUCAAGAAAGGAGACGUCCUUCACAUUGUGAACCAGGACGAUCCCAUGUGGUGGCAGGCUAGGAGGGAGGGCGAGAAGGGACCGCGCGCUGGCCUCAUCCCAAGCAGGCUACUUCAAGAAAGACGGCAGGCCCUAAACAAGUGCCCUACCACCCCAUUUGGCAACCGAUCAACAGAGUUGGCGUAUCAGAGGAGUUCACUGAGAAUUUCCACGCGAAGUGGCGGCCUCCGUGGCAGCAAACGGAAAAUCAAGAAGAUCAUGUACCAAGCCAGAAAAAGUGACGAGUUUUCCCAUCAUGAGAUCAUGACGUACGAGGAAGUGAUCCCAUAUGUUGCCACGGAACAUCCACGACCAAUUGUUCUUGUAGGACCACCAGGAGUCGGUCGGAACGAACUGAAAAGACGAAUUAUAGCCACCAACCCAGAUCACUACCAGGCUGCUAUUCCCCAUACCUCAAGACCCAAAAAGUGGGCGGAGGAAGACGGGAAGGAGUAUUACUACAUAGACAGAUCCACCAUGGAGGAGGCCAUUCGAGGCAAUCGCUUCCUGGAGUACGGGGAGUAUAAGGGAAACCUGUAUGGCACAAGCAUUGAGACUAUCAAGAGAGUGUCCAAAGCUGGCAAAGUCUGCAUCGUUAAUGUACAUCCACAGGCAUUGAAGAUGCUGAGAGACAGCGACCUGAAACCGUACAUCAUCUACGUCAAGCCGCCUCCCCUGGACGUCCUGAGAGAGACGCGGCAGGUCCACAAGUCCAAGGUUGGCCAGGACAAGAAUGCCAACCGACUCUUCAGUGAAGAAGAAAUGGUGGACAUGAUUCAGGUGGGCAUGCGCAUGGAGGCCCUCUACAAGAACUACUUUGACGCGGUCAUUGUCAGCGAUGAACUGACGAGAACGUACAAUGAGCUGAUGGGCAUCACCAGGAAACUGGAGGUUGAGCCCCAGUGGAUCCCCAGUGCAUGGUUGAGAUAGAUUCCAGCUGGCUUCAUGUGACCCGAUCCUCCAAAAUGAGGAAUAAAUCCCCCAAUUAUAUCUGCAUCCCUGAUAGUGUGAGAUACUGACCUGUUGACCUGGGACAUGAAUAUGUAUGAGAUGUAAAUGAUUGAUGGAAAAGGGGAGUGGCUAUGGCCCAUAGAGCUAUAUUAAAUUACUAGAGCGCUAACUUCAUGUACAAAGUAAUGCCUGCUGGGCGCAUCCAUGUU